CCUGAGUCCCGUCCUGGGUCCCUGGCCCCUGGGCCACCCCGAGAAUCAGUGUGCGUGUCUUCGUGUGUGGCUGGCAGCCUUCCCCUGCAGGGCGGGUCCAGACAUCCUGCCUUUCUCCCGCUGCAGCCGCUGUUCAAGAGGUUCACACAGACCCGCUGGGCGGCCUCUGCGCAGACCCUGGAGGAAAUCCUCUCCACCGUGGAGACAAGGCUGCCCGAGUUCUCAGAACUGCGCGAGUGCUUCCAGGAGGAGCUCAUGGAGCUUGUCCACCUGCACCUGGUGAAGGAGUACAUCGUGCGGCUCUGCAAGCGGCGCGUGGUCCUCAAGACGGCGGAGCAGCAGCAGCAAUUGGCCGGGCAGGUCCUGGCCAACGCCGAAGUCAUCCAGCACUUCUGCACUCAGAUUGGCUCCCCGGCCACCUGGCUGCACCACGCCCUCCCGACGCUCGCCGAGAUCAUCCGCCUGCAAGACCCCAGUGCCAUCAAGAUCGAGGUGGCCACUUACGCCACCUGGUACCCUGACUUCAGCAAAGGCCACCUGGGCGCCAUCCUGGCCAUCAAGGGGAACCUGUCCAGCAGUGAAGUCAAGAGCAUCCGGAGCAUCCUGGACGUCCACACGGGGGCCCCCGAGGCCGCCAAGGCCCUAUUUUCACUUAUAAAGGUUGGUUAGCUUUUCCUGUGGACCGACCUGCUUGUGAGCCCCGGCGAGCUUCGGACACACUCCACUUCGAGCCAGUCACCCCACCUGGCUUCCGGCCUCCCGGGCUUCCUGCCUUCUGAUGCUGCUGCUGCUGCCACCCAGCCCCGGCCUGGUGCAGGCCCGGGGGCAGCUGGAACGGACGGCUCCCAGUUCGUUACCAGCCUGGUGGGGCGGGAGCACACCUCUGAGGAGCCAGAGACCAUACCUGAGAAGUGGCCGUUGAUCGUCAUGCACUAAAGGAGCAGAGUGGCCGGGGCUCAGCGACCCUGGGUCAUCUCCUCUCCAGGGGGCCCUCCCCGGCCACCUCAGAGCUGCCCUCGUGGCCGGGGCUGAGUGCCUAGGGCCGGAUGCCGAGCCUUACCUACCUGCCCCCUUCACCCAGGGCUGCGACCAGCUGGGCUCAGCAAGUCUGGAAUGGAAGGCAGCUGGGAGGAAAGAAGGGAAAGAUGAGCUCUUGCCUGGCCUGGGAAGGGCGGCAGUCCCCCGCAGCUGGGCAGAGCGGGCACCAGAGCCCCUCCAGGUUGCCCUGUGACCCCUGCAGCUCAGACCCCGACCCCUCUCUACUUGCCUUGCCCAAAGGCACCCCCUGCCCAGAAAGGGGCUUCCUGGGUCUUCUAGGGUUCAGGCUGCCCCCCAGGCAGACCCAGGCCCAGGGGUGCCUUCCUGGGUCCUCCACUGGGCUGGGCAAGCUUGACCUCUGACCCCUCUGCACCUAUAUUAGUUUCUUACUGCUGCUAUAACGAAUUUCCACAAACUUAGUAUCUUAAAACAAGACUAAGUCUCAGUUCUGGAGGUCAGAGUUCUAGUGGGCUGAAGGCAAGGGGCCGGCGCUCGGCCCUGCUGGCAGCUCCCGGGGGUGGAUUCCUGGCCUCUUGCGGUUUUUAGAGGCCACCUUCCCAGAUGACUCGGCUUGUGGUCCCGUCCAUUUCAAAGCCAUUCACAGGGCAGGGCUUCAGGGCUUCGCUCCCGCCUCCCUCUUCCACUCGCAAGGAGCCCAGCCAUUACCUUUGGCCCAUCCAGACGGAUAGCCCAGCACCGCGCGCUCUGUGAGGCCAGCUGGUUGGCAGCCUGGUUUCAUUCCCUUUCCCGCGAACCUCACAUGGUCACAGGUUCCAGAGGUUAGGGCGUGGGCAUCUUUGGGGGGCCAUGGUUUUGCCCACCACGGCCUCCAUGCGUCCCCUGCCCUGGAGAGCACCUGGUCCUACCCCGGGAAGACGUGUUCAGUUACCCCCUGGCCUCGGCCCACCCCAUAGGCCCUCUCAGCAGAUUCAGGUGUGACUCGGCCUCUGAGGGCGCCGCCAGGUCGGGCGAGCUCUCUCUCCAGGGUCCGUCCCUCCGUCCAGGUACUUGGCCAGGAACUGGCCGCGAAAACGGUGCACAGAGCCUUUGGACAUUUGUCGUUCACGUGUUGGAUGUCACUGAUGUUAUUUUUGAUAGCACUGCUUUUGUAUGCGUGUCCUCGGGACACGACCCGUGUUUUUAUAGCUUGACAUAAAGCUGACUUCAGAAGCG